AUGGCCACCGAAGUAGCCUUCGCCAAAACCUUCUUGGCCGUCCUGGACACCAAGCCGACCAAGAUCUCGGCCGAUCAUGUCGAAGAUGCGAGGACGUAUCCUGCUAGUACUCCUUUCACCCUCCCCCAUCACCCAACCUCCCGUCCCUUCCGCAAGGUCUCCCGCACCACCGCCUCAGCCUCAGCCUCAACCACCACCACCACCACGCCCGGCUCUCCAUCCGGCAUCUCCUCACCCUCCGCCGCCACCGGCCCAACAGCCCUAGUGCACAUCCGCUCCCCCCGCAACCCCUCCCUCUCUCUCUCCCUCCCGACCCCUCAACCUCUCGCCACUACCUCGAUCCUGGACAUCAAGACCUUCGUUUCUCAAGAAACCGGAAUGCCGAUCGAGAAGCUCAAGUUGCUGUAUAACAAGAAACCUGCCGGUGACGUCAAGUCUCUGAAGGAAGUUUAUGCUGGAACAGUUCUCGAGGGCGGGGAGUUGGAGCUCAGUUUGAUGGUUAUGGGUGGACAGGCUACGUAUGAUUCUGAGGAGGCCAAGGCAGCGAGGGAGGCUAGGGCUGCUGCUAAGAACGCGGUUCCUGAUGUGCCGGAGGUGAAAAUGAAGGAUGCUACACAGCACGCAGAGACGGAGACAAGCACAACUGGCGAAGCAGCGGGACCGGUAGCACAAGGCCUCAGUGGCUCUGCAGUCCUCGAGACGGAAGAGUUCUGGGAGGAUCUGAAGGGGUAUUUGCAGCAGCGGAUAAGGGACGUUGAGGCGGCGGAGGAGGUGGUGGGGAAGUUUAGGGGGGCUUGGAGUGGAAAGAACUAA